AAGAAGAAGAAGAAGAAGAAGAAGAAGAAGAAGAAGAAGAAGAAGAAGAAGAAGAAGAAGAAGACGUCACGCUAACAGGAAGUGUUGAGUUGGGCACUUGUGUGUGUGCGCUAGUUCUGUUUAAUAAAUCAGUUACAACGUAUCGCUGGUUCAAGAAUUGGAUACCUUCACUUCCUCCUGGUCUCACAUUUCAUCAACUCCGUGUGUGUGCCCCUGACUGCAUCUGUUGUGUGUGUAAAUUGUAUCCUGCCGUAUGUGAGGGUGUAUGUGUUUGUGUGUGUGUGUCUCCCACCACCACCACCACCACCACCAGCACCACCACCAGCACCACCACCAGCAGCCCAACAUGUCUCUGUGUCUCCAGAAACUCCAGCAGAGUCCAUGGGUAUUUCUUUACCUCCUCUGCCUGCUGCUGCUCCAGACUGACUCCUCCGCUUCAGUAACCACAGAUGAUCCAGGUGAUGAUGACAGUGAAAAGGCACCAGUUAAGGAUAACUCACAGACCAAUGCCACUCAAGGGGCAAAAUUGCCAUUACCCAAGAAUUUGGAAUUCAGUCACAGAUUAAAUGUCACAGCAGCGUCCUUAAUUCAGCACGUCCCAACUGCAAGAGGAAACCAGACAUCCACAGUCUCAUCAUCUGAUCAACAGCCAGUAUCACCAGGCCGUCAGCUUCAAGCACCAGACAAGAUCACCACAGGCUCGCCCACACAGACUACUCAUACUGGAUCGAUUACCCGCACUGGUACUAUUACAUCCACAAAUGCAGAGCCUGUUAGGAAUGUACACACAACCCCUGUACUGGUGAUCUCUACAACCACACCAGCAUCUACUACAACAAACACAACCACACCAGCAUCUACUAAAACAACCACAACUGCACCAGCAUCCACUCCAACAACCGCAACCACACCAGCAUCUCCUACAACAAACACAACCGCACCAGCAUCUACUACAACAACCACAACCACACCUCUGAUUACUACCACAACAACACUAGUGUCUACUGCUACAACAACCACAACCAAAACAACAAUAGCAACAUCUAGAGCAGCAACACCACAACGCCCUGCAACAACCGAAAAAUCAGUUACACUUACAACUGUUGCAAUCACAUCAACUACAGGUAAAAGGAAUUUGAUUCUGCCAUCAUCUUCAGCUGCUACGCCACAGCCAAAUGCCCAAGGUACUGGGGUACCACCAGUUCAAACCACCUCUUUAACUGCAGAGCCUCCUACCCUAACUGUGACCAGUACCAUAACUCAUCCUACCAAUGGCAACAAGCUUGUUGCCUCGGGCACAAGGGUUGCAGUGGUAGAAGUAGCAGGAGCUGCUCUGACCAGGCAGCUGGUAGAUACAGCAUCUUUACUCGCUGUCCUGCUCUUUGGCCUGUUGUUCUUCUUGGUCACUGUGGCUGUGUUCAUCACACAGGCCUAUGAAAGCUACAGGAGGAAGGAUUACACUCAGGUGGACUACCUGAUCAAUGGCAUGUACACAGACUCUGGGGUAUGAGGGGAUAAGCACAACUGGUGGUAAUAGUUUUUGCACUUGGAGUCAGACUGGAUAGUAUCACAGUGGUGCUGUGAAUUCACAAGGUGAUCAAUGCUGCUGUUCGACAGUUCAGGGAGAAGCAGAAAGGGACUAAACUGCCCGGUAGCUCACUGAACUGACUCUGAAGCAAUUACUGAUCUGUUUCCAUCAUAAUUGUUCCACUUAAUGCUCUCGCCUUUCCUGCAUCCGUCUUUUAUAGUUUGAUAUGAAAAGUCUGGCUUUUCACAUUUUUUCCAAAUGUUGAGCAACAUAAACAAAGGUUACCUGGAUGUAACUCCUGUUUUAUGAGUUCUUGCCAAGCCCUCUAACAGGGUUUACAAUUGUGCCACAACAAAUCUCACACUACUUGACAGUCCAGCACUUGGUUCUAGAGUGGCUGGACCAAUCAGGAUGUGUCUGAGGUGGUAGAAAACUCAACAGAUGGCCUAAUUAAUGAGGUUUCAUUGUUGUUUGUUUUUCCUUUUAUAAUCUCAGGCUGAAAAAUGUAAACAUUUGAUUAUUUCAGUUAUUGUUCCUUUGCAGAUGAAUGUAGUCACACACAGGUCUAGUGCUCAUUUAAAACUAGUUCUGUCACGAUGUCAAUAAGUCAGACAGGUCAUUCUUUCAGUUUAAUGUUACACAACCUGUAUGGCUUAAUGCACUUUUUCUUAGGGUUGAAUGAACAUUCAAAUUUCAAAUAAAAGUCACAGCCCUUUUAAGGACCAAAGUACAUCUGUGUAUACUAUAUCUGAGAUUUUGCUUUCAUUUUCUAGUAAAGGAUUAAUGACUUAUUUCGCUCUGUAGAGUGCAUACCUCUGCCAAGCCCCCACCCCCACCCAAUUCAGUCAAACCUAUUAAAUAUUAAACUCAAUAGCCCAGCAUAGCAUAACUCUAAACCACCUUAAACCAACCAUAGCUGCAUAACUGUGAAGGUAAGGGGGAAAGAAAAUGCCUGGAUUCUCAGCUGAGGCCCUUCCUCCAUCCAGGUUUUGUUGAAAUUCACUCAUUUAUUUGGUAAUCGUAUCAAUUAAAAAACAGCCAACACAAAAAUUGAUAUGGUAGAGGUAAAGAACCUAGACAUCUAUUAUGAAACAUUAACACAUGUGGAAAAUAGAACAUCAAUAGGCCUAAACUGCAGCUGUCUGGUGAAAUACCAUCCUAACCAAUUGCGGUAGUGUGCCAUGAAAAAGGGCUGACCUUAGUGGCUUAAAGCAUAAAUUCCAUUCUUUUUACAUGCUCCUGCUAGGUGAACAGAGUGAAAUAUGUAUUUCCGUUGCUCUUCAGUCCCCCAGCUGUGAACUGGUAUGGUGAUGCUCUUAGUCAGGGCCAGAUUAUAGUGUGGUGUCUGUUUUAGUCUGUAUGCUAGGGAGACAGACUACUACUAGACAGUUAAGUCAAAUCAUGAAGUUGAUGACUUUUUUUUUUUUUUUUUUUUAUCAUGGCAGUCUGUUGACAUUAGCUCAGUGUUAUUCUGCCAUGCACAGCAUAGGCCUUGUUCAUUUUCAUUGUUCAUUUUCAUUUCAUUCAUUGUCAUUCUGUUGUCUGGAUGGCAACCUUUUUGCUUGAUGCAAGUCGGACAUAAAACAAACUGCCUCAAUAAAUUCAUACUGAGAAGUAUAAGUAUAAAAAAACAUCCCUAUUACACACUCCUCUUUUUCAGGAACUUGAUCAACAAUUUCAAAGAAAUCACAUCAGGCAGAACAUUAGUGAGGUCUUUAUUCUGCCCAUUACAAAAUCAGCUGUACUGGCCCUUAAUCAGUUCAUGUUGCACCUUGGAUUGUUUGUAGGGGUCAAAAUAAUAAUAUCACUUUUCCACGGAAGCUUUCUUAAAACAUUUCAAUACAAUCCAAAUGGUGAGUAAUGGUCUGAAGAUGUUGAUAAGAAAACAGGCUAAUUCAAAUGAACUUUAGUAUAACCAUGUGGAACCUGACUAACAGUGAUGGUAUGUGCAGACCUUUAUAUAUUGCUGUAAUAACAUUUUGGUUGUUGCUGCUGUUUCUAGUUGUUCAACAUAUUUAAUUUCAUCACAGACAUUAUUGUCCAAUAUUUUGUGAAAUGUUUUAUUUGCUGUGAAAUCCAGUUAAGUGCAUGUGAAAAUGCCAUGCAGUUCAUUUACAUGUUCCAGGAUAAUUUUAGCUUAUCUAAGUACAAAGCUGCAUGGUUUGCUGGGUCAAAGUCCUGUGCUUGUUUGAUUCAACUAUGAAAGCAAGAGGUCACCAAAAGCAAAUAUUGGUGAUCCGUAAUAACCUGUUUUCACUGUUGCUCUGUAUAGUGAGUCUUUUGGAUGGGCAGUUUUGUUUUUUGUUUUUUUUUUAGAUUCAACAUACGGUUGCCUGGCUCACCCCAGGGGCUGAUGCUGUAUCAUCUACAAUCUGACUAUCUCAGCCGCAAUAUAGCAUGGGUUCAGCUAAACAGAACUUGCACAUUCAAAUUAAACCUCUGAUGCUGAGACCUUGAGUGACAUAGAUGAUUCCUAGAUGUUACAGAAACCAGGUUUGGCAACUGGUUAAUGGCAAAUAAAACUUUCUCAAAUACUGUAAUGUAUAAGAUUUAAUUUGCUUUACUUAAUUAACAUUUCAGCUGUUUUUCAGUGUUGACUUUUUUUGCACACAUUUCCAGCAGUGGAUCAUAGGAGCAUACUAGAUUGUUUAUUUUUAUAUAUUUUAUAUUUUUGAUCACAGCAUAUAAAAUUUUUAACGCGCAGCUGUUUUUGAAUAUAUUAGAGUUUAUCUCUAAUUCACAGCCAGUCCUUCUUCACGACCGACUCAUGGGUUAAAUUCAGUCAAUAAUUCUGCUUCCAGUUCCAGUUCAUCCAUCUUUCAUCUAGGUAAAAUGUGCCUCACUGUCCAUUUUCCAUAAUGAUGUGUGAUAUACUGUAGCUUAUGAGAAAGACUGCUGGGAGAAUAUUUUUUUUAGCUCCCCUAAUUAUGAAUCACAGUUCAGAGCUGGGGACAUUGUAAAUGUAAUAUGAAUGCACAGAUAACAAUUGUCUAAAAGACUUGUCAUGUUUUCCAUUUUUUACAUGAACAAUAUAUGAUAUUAAGGACAGAUGUUCCCAUAGCUCCUAACAUUUUUUU